UCUUCAACCAGCAGUACAGCACAGCGCCAGCGAGCGUAAGCCAGAACCAGAGUACAGGAGGAGGAACCACGUCGAAGUACAGGAAAAACGGGUUGACCGACCACGAGCGUACCUGGCGACUAAUUGAUUACGGGAUUUGGAUUUGCCCUGACGGUCGGAGGCCCUCGCGUUGUGUCUCCCCCGUGGGUUGUUCGACUAUAAGACCGAAAUUGGUCCUUCACCUAUCGUCCCUUCCUUCCCAACCACACAUCUUCACACGCACGCACACCGCUACCACCCACCCCCUCACCAACACCAAACUACACAUCACAAUGGCACCCAAGCCCAUGUCCGCUGCUGGUAAGGCCCCCGCUUCGCAGGGUGGCAAGGCUCCUGCCUCUCAGGCUGGCAAGGCUCCCUCUGAGGGCGCCAAGAAGACCGCCUCCAAGUCCAAGAAGGCUGCUGGUGGCGACAAGAAGAAGGCCAAGAAGACGCGCAAGGAGACCUACUCGACCUACAUCUACCGCGUCCUCAAGCAGGUCCACCCUGACACCGGUAUCUCUACCAAGGCCAUGGCCAUUCUCAACUCGUUCGUCCAGGACAUCUUCGAGCGCAUCGCGUCCGAGGCAUCCAAGCUCGCGUCGUACAACAAGAAGUCGACCAUCUCGUCGCGCGAGAUCCAGACGGCCGUCCGCCUCAUCCUCCCCGGUGAGCUCUCCAAGCACGGUAUCUCUGAGGGCACCAAGGCCGUCACCAAGUACUCGAGCUCCAAGUAAGCGCGCGUGCAUGACCCGCAUCGCCUUGUCCUAGCUUCUCGUACCAGUCGUCGCCUCUACGCGACGCGUAUCACCCGACCACCUUGUCCUUCUAUCCAUCCUUUCAGCGCCGCAUGCGACGCCAUCUGUAAUACUAGCCGUCUCUUGAUUCCAUUCGAAGCCCAUGCCUUCA